AUGAUUAUGGAAGACCAACACAAGAAGAUUCCAGCGAAUUGUUUUUAUUUCUAUCAUAUCUUUACGAACUACCGUAUCUUCCAUUGGAGAUGCACUUGAUUCAUGGGGCAAAAAGAGAUCCAAUGGACGAAAGAGUUGUAACAGAACGUAUGAUUCAGAUUGCUAUACCAGGUGAACCAAAAGAUGAGACACCGGUAACACUCGAGGAAGCAUUGAAAGCACACUUUUAUGAUAAUUCUAUAUCUGGUAUUAAACGAAAGCUUUUACCUGAGGAAAAUGUCGAUUUAGCAGGGGAUGAAAAAACAAAAGGAAAAAUACAAUUAAGUAUCGAACAAUCAGAAAUUCCUGUUACCGCUUGGCAAGUUUUAAAACUUUUGCCUUUUUAUUCUGCUAGUAAUGAACAAGAUGAAAGAAUAAAGGUUGAUCAAUCAUAUUUUCCUACCACAAAUCUAUUAUUACCACUCGUAUUAAAACGAUAUGGAUUUAAUGAAAGUCUAAGGCCUUUUCGAAUAAAGAAAAAUGUUUACAUUCCACCUUUCGCCAAUUUCAAUUUGUUUGUCAAUUCCGAUGCAGCUGACGAACAACCUUAUAAGUAUGGAAUAGAUAAUAUACAUUAUAAAUUAAAGUUGAGAUCUGUGGUUUGUCAUUAUGGUGAAUCACUUUAUUCUGGUCACUACAAAGGAUUUACUCUAGAUGAUAUUCUGAAUCCUGAUGAAGUAGAUGAGGAUAAAAUAACAGAGCAUGAUUAUUACGUGGCACAAAAUCUACAACAAAUAGAAUUUUUAGAUGGAAAAAAUAAAUGUGUUUUGCAAUAA